GCUCGAUCUCGAUCUCGAUCUCAAUCUCAAUUCAAAUAUAAUCUUGAAUUCUCAUCUCAUCUCCUUUUCAAUGGAAGAUGCUAUUGAGCUGGUUUUCGUUCCAACCCCUUCAAUGGGUCACCUUGUUUCUGCGGUCGGAACCGCCAAUCUCCUCUUGCAAAGACGACCUCACCUCUCCAUCACUGUCUUGAUCAUGAAAAUGCCUCUCUUUCCCGGUUCCAACAUUAAUUCUUACAUCGAUUCUUUGCUUGCCGAUGAGAAGGAUAUGCACCCUAGAUUGAAGCUCGUACUACUGCCUGAGGAUCUGGAUGCUUUGAAGAGGCACGCCGACAAAAUCUCCAUCUUCCAUGCUUUCCUCGAUUCUCAGAAGAAUAAAGUCAGAGACUACUGCAUUAAUGAAUUCCAGAAGUCGCCGGCGGUUUCUGGAAGGCGGCUAGCGGGAUUUGUUGCGGACAUUUUCUGUACGGACAAGAUAAUGGAUGUGGCUGACGAGUUUGGGGUCCCCACCUACGUGUUCUACGCUCUGGGUGCUGCUAUGCUCGGCCUUCUCUUCCAUUUCAGAAGCCUCAAAGAUGAUCAUGGUAUAGAUGCCUCCGAUUUUUUGGAUUCCGACCCUGAUCUCAAUAUCCCUGCAUAUUUCAAACCCUUUCCGGUCAAGUUACUCCCCAACCUUCCCUUCUUUGACUUCACCACACGAAUCCGAGAGGCCAAAGGCGUCAUUGUCAACACUUUCUUUGACCUAGAGCCGUAUGCAAUUCAAUCUCUCUCCAAAGACAAGAGAUUUCCACCGGUCUAUCCUUUGGGACCCAUAUUAAACUUAAACCGUCAUAUGAAGAAUAAUCAAGAAUCAGCGAAGCAAAUCUUCAAAUGGUUGGAUGACCAACCAGAUUCAUCAGUUGUAUUCCUUUGCUUCGGAAGUGGCGGUGCUUUUUCCGGGCCUCAAGUGAAGGAGAUAGCCUACGCACUUGAACGUAGCGGCCAAAGGUUCUUAUGGGCCUUGAGGAAACCACCCUCUCCAGGUUCAGUACUCCCCACUGAGUAUAGCAAUCCAGAGGAGGUCCUGCCGAAAGGAUUCUUGGAAAAAACUAAAAGCAUCGGAAAAGUUAUAGGAUGGGCACCACAAACUGCAGUUCUAGCUCACCCUGCUGUGGGGGGUUUUGUGUCUCAUUGUGGAUGGAAUUCAACUUUAGAAAGUAUUUGGUUUGGACUUCCGAUUGCGACUUGGCCAAUGUCGGUAGAUCAACAAGCAAAUGCGUUCCAAUUGGUGAGAGAGAUAGGAACGGCUGUGGAUAUUAAGAUGGAUUACCGAGUAGAUUCAAGAGAUCCGAAUAAUAAUAUUCCAAUAGUUCCUGAAAUUGUGAAUGCAAAAGAGAUAGAAAUUGGACUCACAAGUCUUAUGGACUACUCUACUCCCAAUUCUGUAAGGACAAAGGCUAAAGAAUUUAAAGAAAAGAGCAGGAAAGCGCUAGAAGAGGGUGGCUCAUCUAUUAAUUUUGUUGAAAGUUUUUUUGAUAAUGUCAUAAACAAUCUCAAAUAAGUGAAAAAUGAGAUAAUGGUGCUAUAAUAAUAUAAGUAUUAAAGUGGUGGUGCAUAAUAAAUAGA